UUUAAUUUUAAUAAAAUUUAAAUACUUAUCAAUCAAUUAUGUCAAAUAUUAUAAACAAUAAACUUACUGAUAGUGAACAAAAGUACUUGAAAGAAUCGUUUUCGUUAAUGGAUAAUGAUUCUGAUGGUUAUUUAGAUUAUUAUGAAAUGAAAGCUGCUUUGAAAGCUUUGGGUUUAACAGUUAAAAAGUCUUACAUUUUAGCGAUUAUGCGAAUGUAUGACAAAUAUGGUUACAACAAAAUAAGUUUUGAGGAUUUUAACUAUAUUGUAUCAGAGAAGUUGAAUAAACGAAAUCCUAUAGAUGAGAUUCAGUAUGUGUUUAAGUUAUUUAUAAAGGAUUCUCCAAGUAAUGAAAUAACAUUAAAAGAAUUAGAAAGAUUUAAUAAGAAGUUUAAUUGUAAUCUCACUUUUGAGGAAAUGGAACUUAUGAUUAAAGAAUUUGAUUUGGAUCACAACGUUAAUGAAAGUGAGUUCAUAAACAUUAUGACGGACCUUGGAAUUUAAAGGAGUUUUAUUACAUUAUUAUAAACAAAUUUGUUAAUAUUCAAUCAUAAUGAAUUUUGGAAUCAAUUGGGAAGAAGAACAUCGACGGACAU